CCAUGGUUGCCUCUAUAGCUGUCAAGAGGAGAACACCAUUUUUUGUAAUUUAAAGUUUUGCUGAUGCUACUAAGGAACAUAAGGAGGUUGGUCCUUAUCUCGCCAUUUUUUUAGUCCUCAUCGCAUAGCCUAUGAGUGUAAGUUACUGAGUCAGUACGUAGGUAGCUAUUGUGAUUGCGGAAAUGCUAUGAACUCUUCAGCCAUAGUGGAUACUAUUGGGUCAAAGGAUUCGUUAGAUGGAGGAGUUUUUGUUAAAGAACUUGCUCGUUUUGUAAUAAGUGAUGAAUUACUGGUGAUGCAUGCAUCAACUGCUGCAAGCUUUCCGUUGAUUUCCAAGCAUGGAAUCCUGGAUGAGAGCUCCAUUGAGGAGAGGAUCUUUGACAUUGGAUUAAACGAGGUCUUGAGUUUGCAGAAAAGCUUAUUUAUAUCAAAAUUGCCUUUGACCAAAACUCUGUUGAAGCCUAAAGAAUUAUCUGAAUUAGGCAAUGAAACUUCGGAUCAAUCGAGCCUUAAUUUUAAAUGUCAAAUUGGCGAAAGUGCAUCAAAAGAAAAUGGGAAGAUUUGUGUGAGGCUUGUGCUUAGCAAAUCCAAGAAAAGGGUGUGCUAUGCAGAAGUUGGAGAAGAUUUUGUUGAUUUACUCUUUAGUUUCCUUACCUUUCCUCUUGGUUUUAUAAUCAAAAAGAUGAAUGGCGCUCCUUCAAAAGGAUGCAUAAAUCAUUUAUAUAAUUGUAUUAAGGAUUUUGAUAGUGAGAAUUACUUCAAGUCAAAUGACCACAAAGAGAUUUUACUUAGUCCCAAGAUUGCUCCUGAUUUUGGCUAUGAGAAACAGCUGCUAGGGGUGGAGGAAGCUAGCCACCAGCAGUACUACUAUGUAUUUGAUUACUCUGGUAAAGGUAGGUUUUCUAUGGAUAAUGAACCUUCUAGCAAAAGAGUAAUUGCUUUAACUGUAAAAGAUCCUAAAUCACCGAACAAGAAAGCUAAAGCUUGUGGAGGAUUUGUGAUGAAACCUGCUAUGUUCACAGUAACAGAUGAUCUGAUUGUAACACCCAUAUCCCUAGUCUCAGGUACGUCUAUUUUAAACAAAUUGAAUGUACCUUUCAAUGACAUUGAGGAGCGCGUCGUGUAUGUAGGGAACGAAGAGGCUUCUCGGCUCCUGGUAGCCUCUUUUAUAUCUGAAUCUGCACUAACCGAGAGCUUUCUCCAGGAAAAGAAAAACCCAGAAAACCCUUUCCGUUUUGAUCAUAUUUGAGCAAAUAGGAUUUGUUGGUCAUUGUGAUAUAAUGGAUAUCGUUGUAAAAGUAAGAAUUUAUGUUUCUACUUUGAUUUGUUAUUGGCUAUGUUAUGGCCUCUGAGGAGGGUUUAAUUAUUGUAUUGGCGAUGAGUUUGGCUAUUUUGAUCCAUAUAUUUUAGUAAAAUUCUGUUUUUGUCGUUUAUAUACAAGUAA